AUGGCAGCUCAACUUUCAGAAGAAGAGCAGGAGAGAAUUGACAGAGAACUUUGGAUGUCUGCUAGAAAUGGAGAUUUAGAGAAAGUCAAGCAAGCCCUUCAUAGAGGGGCAAACUUGAGUUAUCAUCAAGGGUUUGGACGAACACCAGCACAUUAUGCAGCAGAGAAUGGUCAUGUUGAUGUUCUAAAGUUAUUAAUUGAAAUUGGACGAACACCAGCACAUUGUGCAGCAGAGAAGGGUCAUGUUGAUGUUCUAAAUUUUUUAAUUACAGAGGAACAAGCUAACAUAAAUGCUACAGAUGAAAUUGAACGAACACCAGCACAUCUUGCAGCAGAGAAGGGUCAUGUUGAUGUUCUAAAGUUAUUAAUUACACAAGGACAAACACCAGCACAUUGUGCAGCAGAGAAGGGUCAUGUUGAUGUUCAAAAGUUAUUAAUUACAGAGGGACAAGCUAACAAAAAUGCUACAGAUGAAUAUGGAGUAACACCAGCACAUCUUGCAGCAGAGAAUGGUCAUGUUGAUGUUCUAAAGUUAUUAAUUACAGAGGGACAAGCUGACAUAAAUGUUACAGAUUAUAAACACAAGGCGACCUAUACAAAACUCCUCCAAGACACCUUAGGUUCCAAGCUACCAAAUCUACCUGCAUUAUCAAGUGAUGAUCUGGUCCCAUUGAAAUGGGAGGAGAUUGGAGAUGUUGUUAUGGAGGAUCUGACUGGUUAUCAGGUAAUGCGUUCUAAUAUUGUUAAAGGAGUUGUAGAUUUGAGAGCAAUCAAUGAGGUUAUGGUUGCUAUAGCAACUACGCAUCGUAUGACAGUUCAGGAAGUGUUGGGUAGUGCUGAACAUCAGAAGCUAUGUGAAGUAUUUAAAGUUAUUGGUGCAGCUCACGUUGAAGACUUAAGCUCUAUACCAGAAGGAGAGCUAAUGUCUCUACAACUUGGAAGAGAAUUUCUGUUCCUUGACUCAUUAAAAUCGGACAAAGAUAUGACAAAUGUCAUUACAACUAUACUGAAGAAAAGAGGAUUAUAA